AUGGCUAGUGCAGAAGAUUAUAUUAAACAAUCUAGACAUUUUUCUUCAUCUCCUGUUAAUGAUAUUUUCAAUUUGUUGACUGUUUCUGUUCUUCAAUGUAAAUCAUGUUCUACACGAAGUGCUUGUUUUGAAGGAUUAAAUCAAAUUAGUGUUGAACUCCCUCAUAAUAAUUUGGAAUCUGGAAGAAUUUUUAGACUAAAAGAAUGUCUAAAUACACACUUUUCUACCACGACCCUAGACACACCUUGGGAUUGCCCUUGUUGUAAAUCUAAACAAACAGCAACACGAACAACAAAAAUUUGGAGUUUACCAAAAAUAUUAAUAAUUCAUUUGAAAAGAUUUUCUUUCAAUUCGGGACGUUUUGUUAAAAAUGAAGUUGAUGUACAUUUUGAUAUUGAAAAUUUUGAUUUGGCUCCAUAUACUCAUCCAAAAUCAACAUUUUUACCAAAUAAAGUUGAAUAUAAUUUGUUUGCUGUAACGAACCAUACGGGUACACUUAAUAGUGGACAUUAUACAUCAAAUGUAAAAAAUCUUCAAAAUGAAAAUGAAUGGUUACAUUUUGAUGAUGAAAAUUGUACAAGAAUUAGAAAUAUUUCUUCAAUUGUGACAAAACAUGCAUUUCUUCUUUAUUAUGUACUUGGAAAUUCAGAUGAUGGAAAAAAUGAUUUAUUAUAG